AUGACGCUGCAGAAACUCGUCCCCUCGGCCAUUCGCCCGCUGCGUUCUUCCCUUCAGUCGACAUCGAGGGCCGUCGUGACGACCUCGCGCGCUGCAGCCUUGAGCAUUCGCCAGCCAGCCCAGCAUGCGCGAUGCUUCACCUCGAAACCGCCAAAGGCCGCCGCGGCUGGCGAGGCUUCGAACCCGGCCAUGGCCUUCCCCUGCCUCGACGCCCUAGAGACCCGAUCCGCGACCCUGCGAGCGAGCUUUGAGUCGAGCGGGCCCGAACCCUCCUACACAUCUGGCGCGACGCAGACAUAUCACUGCCAGGAGCCUCUCGUCCUCGACUGGGGCGGCAUGCUGCCCGAAUUCAAGAUUGCGUACGAGACGUGGGGCGAGAUGAACGCCGACAAGUCCAACGUCAUCCUCCUGCACACAGGCCUCUCGGCCUCCUCCCACGCCCACUCGACCGAGGCCAACCCGGCGCCGGGCUGGUGGGAGAAGUUCAUCGGCCCCGGCGGCCCCCUCGACACGGACAAGUACCACGUCAUCUGCACAAACGUCAUCGGCGGCUGCUACGGCUCGACGGGACCCAGCAGCACCGACCCCGCCGACGGCCAGCACUACGCCACGCGCUUCCCCAUCCUGACCAUGGAGGACAUGGUGCGCGCCCAGUUCCGUCUCCUCGACAGCCUCGGCGUCAAGAGCCUCUACGCGAGCGUCGGCUCCAGCAUGGGCGGCAUGCAGUCCCUCGCCGCCGGCGUCCUCUUCCCCGACCGCGUCCGUCGCAUCGUCUCCAUCAGCGGCUGCGCGCGGAGCCACCCCUACAGCAUCGCCAUGCGCCACACACAGCGCCAGGUCCUCAUGAUGGACCCCAACUGGAAGCGCGGCUACUACUACGGCGACCUGCCGCCCCACGCCGGCAUGAAGCUCGCCCGCGGCAUCGCCACAGUCACCUACCGCUCCGGCCCCGAGUGGGAGCAGCGCUUCGGCCGCCGGCGGGCCGACCCCAGCAAGCCCCCCGCCCUGUGCCCCGACUUUCUCGUCGAGACCUACCUCGACCACGCCGGCGAAAAGUUCUGCCUGACCUACGACCCCAACAGCCUGCUCUACCGAUGGCUGCCUGUGAGCUGGGCGAAGUGGAACAAGUGUCGAUACACGACCAUGUCGUUGCUCGAGCCCACGAGGCGUUUUCGCAGUAUUUGCAGGCUGACCAGUGCCAGACGAAGCUGA